AUGGCAGUGGGAAUUAUACCAGUGGUAGCAGCAGUGGAAGUGGGAAUUAUACCAGUGGUAGCAGCAAUGGAAGUGGGAAUUAUACCAGUGGUAGCAGCAAUGGUAGUGGGAAUUAUACCAGUUGUAGCAGCAAUGGAAGUGGGAAUUAUACCAGUGGUAACAGCAAUGGUAGUGGGAAUUAUACCAGUGGUAGCAGCAAUGACAGUUGGAAUUAUACCAGUGGUAACAGCAAUGGUAGUGGGAAUUAUAACAGUGGUAGCAGCAAUGGAAGUGGAAAUUAUACCAGUUGUAGCAGCAAUGGAAGUGGGAAUUAUACCAGUGGUAGCAGCAAUGGAAGUGGGAAUUAUACCAGUGGUAGCAGCAAUGGAAGUGGGAAUUAUACCAGUGGUAGCAGCAAUGGAAGUGGGAAUUAUACCAGUGGUAGCAGCAAUGGAAGUGGGAAUUAUACCAGUGGUAGCAGCAAUGGAAGUGGAAAUUAUACCAGUGGUAACAGCAAUGGAAGUGGGAAUUAUACCAGUGAUAGCAGCAAUGGAAGUGGAAAUUAUACCAGUGGUAACAGCAAUGGAAGUGGGAAUUAUACCAGUGAUAGCAGCAAUGGCAGUGGGAAUUAUACCAGUCGUAACAGCAAUGGAAGUGGGAAUUAUACCAGUGGUAGCAGCAAUGGUAAUGCAAAUUGCAUUAGUGGUAGCAGUAAUGGUAGUGGAAGUAACAUAUGAUUGUGGUAAUGGUAGGGGAUGUAAUACCAGUGGAAGUACUAACUUGAUUGCAUUAUUUUGGUCAAAGAAGAUAGUGCCUACUAGUGCUAAUGUCUUCCGCCGAGGAGGAUUUACAGGUCACGUGACCUAUAGCCAAUGGGAGGAGACCUCAGAUACCAUUCGUCAGCGAGCCGAGACUUUGAAGCCUUCGAGGUUUUGA